CCUUCAGAUUCGUUGAGGAUACACCGCAGUCAACCUCAAACUAUCGCUGCUAGUCGGUAACAAUCUCACUCUUCGACAUCGACAUCCAAAGCGACAACGAGAAAAUGCCUGGUCCACAUCCAAACUCCACUCCGGCUGACCCAUAUUCAAGAGCCUGGCUUACCUUGAUAACGAGAGCUUCGUACCUACCUGGACUUGCAGUCCUACUGCACUCGCUCUACAAGCAUGGCUCCAAGCACCCGAUCAUUGUUCAGUACACCGACAGUCUGCCCGAAGACUGCAUUAAGGCCCUCGAGCAACUGAAGCAGCUGUAUCCGUUGUGUAGACCGCAAAAGGUGGAUCCCAUCGCUAUUCCCGAUGGAUUGAAGCCCGUUGCUUCGCGAUUUGCGGACACACUCACGAAAUUGCGCGUCUUCGAGCCGAUAGAAGGCGAAAGACUUGCAGCCUUGGGAUUGGACCGACCUCUUGAACAACUCUGUUUCCUCGAUGCAGAUAUCCUGAUCCGGCGUAACCUCGAUGAUGUCUUCGACAUUCGCCGUCCAGGUCCAGACUGGAUCGCAGCGCAUCCAGCUUGUAGCUGCAAUGCAGAUGGCGACCCUUUGGCGCCUUCGCACUGGGUCGCCGAGAACUGCCCAUGCACACCUCUGAAGCAUCCCGAGGCUUUGAGCGCACCAAUCAUUGAGCCGAAGACAGAGGCUCAAAAAGACACGUACAGCUUCCUGAAUUCGGGUGUCUUCGUGCUCACGCCAUCGAAAGAGCUAUGGGAGAGAAUGGAGCACUUUAGGCUUACGGAUCCGAGAGUGCAAACAUUCCGAUAUCCAGACCAGAACUUUCUCGACACUUUCUUCAAGGACAAGUGGAUACCGAUCGGAUGGCAGUACAAUGCCAUGAAGACCAUAAGAUAUUGGCAUCCAGCGCUCUGGCGUGACGAGGAGGUAAGAUGUUUGCAUUAUGUCGUGGACAAGCCUUGGGAGAGAAGAACCGGAAAAGGCGAAGAGGCCGGAUAUCUGGGCAAAGACGGAGAAACACAUUACUGGUGGUGGCAAGCAUUCGAUGAGUGGAGUGCUGAGGCGAAGAAGUCUGAGGUCGGAGUCGAGAUAUUGGCUUGCGUGAUGAGGUGCCUUGUUCCCAAAGAUUCGUCACAGAACCGAGUCGGCGGCAGAGAGCUUCUCGAGAGGCUCGGGAAGCUCAAGAAGCAGAAGCAAGCGGACGAAGCAGGAUGCAGAAGCGAGCAGAGUGGCAGUGGAAACACGUCUGAGGGAUUGAAGCCAGCGGAACCAGAAAGGAAUAUGACGAGAACGGACUCGGCGGUCGACACUGCCAAGGUAGCAUAGGUCAAGCCAUUGGGCCCCUUCAUGGUGUAGCCUUGACAAUAGAUUUCCUUCUCUG